AUGCAGUGCUACACAGAGCUGCUUCCCCCGUCGGGAGUCACCCACGCCGUGGCAGCCCCAUUCACCUCGGCAACGGCCAACAAUUUGAUAGUCAUCAGAACCUCUCUCUUGCAGAUCUUCUCUCUCGUCAAACCCUCAAACGCAUCCAAUGAAACUUCUGAGCUUGCAUCAUCUCCAUUUUCCCAUCCAGCGGCGAAAUUAGUUUUGGAAAAAGAAUAUCCGCUGUCUGGAACGGUAACUGAUUUGAGCCGAGUGAAGAUAUUGAACACCAAGAGCGGCGGAGAUGCCAUCCUCAUUGCGGUCCGGAAUGCGAAGCUCAGCUUAAUUGAGUGGGAUCCAGAGCGCGAUGGAAUUUCCACAAUCUCGAUCCACUACUAUGAGCGGGAUGAUUUGACCCGCAGCCCCUGGGUGCCCGACUUGAGCCGAUGUGGGAGCAUUCUCAGCGUGGACCCAAGCAACAGAUGCGCCGUGUACAACUUUGGUAUCCGAAAUCUCGCCAUUCUACCCUUUCAUCAGGCAGGGGACGACCUAGUGAUGGAUGAUUACGACCCAGAGCUGGACGGGGAACGUCCAAACGAGGGUUCUGGCAAAGAACUCGAGCAAAAAAAAGAUGGCCAGACACACCAAACACCCUAUGCCUCAUCUUUCGUUCUGCCAUUGACGGCAUUGGACCCGUCAUUGCUCCACCCUAUCAGUCUUGCAUUCCUGUACGAAUACCGGGAGCCCACAUUUGGUAUCUUAUACUCUCAGGUUGCAACGUCCACGGCUCUCCUCCACGAAAGAAAAGAUGUGGUAUUUUACGCUGUUUUCACUUUGGACCUUGAGCAGCGUGCGUCGACAACACUUCUUUCUGUAUCUCGACUCCCGAGUGACCUCUUCAAGGUUGUGGCAUUACCACUUCCGGUAGGAGGCGCGUUGCUUCUUGGAUCGAACGAGAUAGUGCAUGUCGACCAAGCCGGUAAAACCAACGCAGUCGGGGUCAACGAGUUCUCGAGACAGGUUUCUGCAUUUUCCAUGACUGACCAGUCAGACCUGGACUUCCGACUUGAAGGGUGCGUGGUUGAGCGACUCGGUGGGGACAGCGGAGAUUUAAUCCUAGCCCUUGCUUCUGGCGACACCGCAUUGAUCAAGUUCAAACUCGAUGGACGAUCUGUCUCUGGCAUGACUGUUCAUCUUCUUCAGGCGAAUGCGGGAGGGAAUAUCCUCAAAUCGGCUGCAUCAUGCUCGACUUGUUUUGAGGAUGGAAAUGUAUUUUUUGGUAGCGAAGAUGCAAAUUCGGUGCUUCUUGAAUGGUCUCACACGUCUUCUACUUCAAAAAAAGCCCGACAUGAAUCCAAGCAAGUCGACGAUGGCACCGAGGACCUUUCAGAUGAUGAUCAGAUGGAAGAUGAUGACCUUUACUCUUCAGCGCCAGGGCCUGCCCAAAAUGGCCAUCGCAUAGGUAAUGACAGCUCAACACCUCAAUACUACAACCUUCGAUUGAACGACCAGCUUCCUAGUAUUGGGCCUUUGAGAGAUAUCACUUUGGGGAAGGCCCUUCCGAGUGUGAAAAACCCGCAGACAAGCAAGGGUGUCGCCGCUGAACUAGAACUGGUGGCCUCUCAGGGCUCGGAUCGAGGCGGUGGUCUGGUCGUCAUCAAACGUGAAAUCGAUCCUUCGACGAUCAUGUCUCUGGAGACCGACAAUGCAGAUGGGGUUUGGUCGGCCAGCGUCACUACAACACCAAGAAAGGGAAUCUCCAAUCCUACUGAGAACCCCACCCGGCGAUAUGUCAUUACUUCGCGGCCUACGGAGUCCGAUCAAGAAGCGAAUGACAUUUAUUUAGUGGAGGAACAAGGUUUCACGCCUUUCAAGGCAUCUGAGUUCAAUCCCAACGAAGAUUGCACCAUCGAGAUAGGAUCUUUGGCCGGCGAGACUCGUCUCGUUCAAGUUCUGCGAAACGAAGUCCGAAGUUACGAUAAAGAAUUGGGACUCUCGCAGAUCUAUCCUGUCUGGGAUGAAGAAGUUAGCGAGGAGCGUGUAGCUAUCAGUGCGAGCUUCAGCGACCCCUACCUCGUGAUCAUCCGCGAUGAUGCGUCUGUGCUACUGCUGCAGGCAGAUGAAAGCGGGGACCUUGACGAGGUUUCGCUGCCAGACGAGAUCGCCACAUCUCAAUGGCGCUCCGCUUGUCUCUACCAUGAUAAAUUGCAGGCAUUCGAUAAAGAAGGCUCAUCAAAGGACUCGGCCGAAGGUGAAUUGCUUCUGUGUCUAUUGGACUCGGAAUGCAAGCUAUCGCUAUUCCGACUUUCUGAUAUGAAGGCACUCGCGGUCAUUCAAGGCGUUGACUGCUUACCCCCCGUGUUGUCAACCGAUCCUCCCAAACGAUCUAAUAUUCGGGAAACCCUCACCGAAUUUGUGAUCGCAGACCUGGGAGAUUCCUCGGUUGUCUCGCCUUACCUGAUAGUUCGGACUGAAAAUGAUGAGCUCAUCUUCUACAAACCAACAUUCAUCCCAGGUACUGGUGGAGAACAGACAGGUCGUUUGCAAUUCUUCAGAGAAUCCAACAGUGCUCUCCCGAAUACCCCCUCGGAAGAUGCACCCGAACAGGCUGAUUACCAGCAGCGAUUUAGGCCCAUGAGGGUUCUCGCCAACGUUUCGGGUUUCAGCACAGUCUUCAUGCCUGGAGUCUCGCCCAGCUUCAUCUUCAGAACAGCAAAGAGCUCACCACAUAUCACUCGUCUUCGAGGAGGCUUCACACGAUGGCUUAGCAGUUUCGAUUCCACCAACACUGACUGUGAAGCUGGAUUUAUUUACGUGGACUCCCAGCACUGUAUCCGAGCCUGUCAACUGCCCCCGAAGACCCAAUUCGACUACCCGUGGCCAUUGCGUCAGAUCCCACUGGAAGAACAGGUGGACUUCUUGGCUUAUUCAACUUCUUCUGAAACCUACGUUAUCGGCACUAGCCGUCCGGCAAACUUCAAGCUACCGGAAUCAGAUGACUUGCACCCCGAAUGGCGCGGUGAAGGUACGUAUAUCGCGAAUUUAUAUACUGACGCCUCACUAAUCAAUGAUGUAGAGUUAUCCUUCUGCCCCAAAAUCCCAGAAAGUUCCAUUAAAGUCAUAAGUCCCAAGACAUGGACGAUUAUUGACAGUUACCCGUUGGACCCAGACGAGCAGAUCACAGCUGUCAAAAAUGUGAACAUUGAGAUUUCAGAAAACACACACGAGCGUAAAGAUCUCAUAGUCGUUGGAACGGCGAUUGCCAAGGGUGAAGACAUGCCAUCCCGCGGCACAAUCUACGUCUUCGACGUGAUCAACGUGGCUCCUGAUCCCGAGAAGCCCGAGACAGGCCGCAAGUUGAAGCUGAUUGGCAAGGAAUCUGUCAAAGGCGCCGUGACCGCUCUGUCCGGCAUUGGCGGGCAAGGGUUUAUCAUCGUCGCCCAAGGGCAAAAGUGCAUGGUCCGAGGUCUCAAGGAAGAUGGCAGUCUCCUCCCCGUCGCAUUCAUGGAUAUGCAAUGCUACGUGAAUGUUGCGAAAGAACUCAAGGGAACGGGAAUGUGUAUUCUAGGUGACGCUGUCAAGGGCCUGUGGUUCGCCGGCUACUCAGAGGAGCCAUACCGAAUGUCCCUCUUCGGCAAAGACCCCGAAUACCUGGAAGUUGUGGCAGCAGACUUCCUUCCAGAUGGAAACAAGCUCUUCAUGCUAGUUGCGGACAGCGACUGCAAUCUGCACGUCUUGCAAUACGACCCAGAAGACCCCAAAUCCUCUAACGGUGACCGCCUCCUCAGCAGGAGUAAGUUCUACACAGGCAAUUUCGCCUCUUCGGUGAUGCUCCUACCACGGACAGCAGUUUCGUCCGAAGUCCCAGACUCAUCAGAAGAGGCUAUGGAACUGGACGAAACGCACGCCAAGCACCAGGUGCUCGUCGCCUCCCAGAACGGCUCCUUGGCACUGGUUACAUCCGUCGCGGAAGAGUCCUACCGUCGGCUGUCCGCGCUGCAGUCACAGCUCGUCAACACAGUAGACCACCCUGCUGGGCUCAAUGCACGGGCAUUCCGUGCUGUGGAGAGCGACGGCGCCGCGGGUCGGGGUAUGGUCGAUGGAAAUCUAUUACGUCUGUGGCUCAACAUGGGCAAACAGCGACAGACCGAGAUUGCGGGUCGGGUGGGUGCGACAGAGUGGGAAAUCAAGGGAGAUUUGGAGAGUAUUGGAGGUGACGGUUUCGGAUAUCUCUGA